GUAUGUGGUGGGUAUGAGUGCAGCACAAGUUUGGUGUUCCCACCUUCAUAGUUCCUACAGCCCAAGCCCAUGUUCUGUUCGGUUUCAGCCCCAAAACCGAUACUAUUAACACCACACUGCAAUUGCAUUGCACGCUUUCUCUCUCUCUGUCUUCUUCCUUCUCUACACUCUGCACUCUGCACUCUGCAUGCACAUUGGACUCUGUCUCCUUCCUCUUCACUCUCCUUACACUGUUCCAUAAUAACAAACCAAACACUUCCAUUCUUUCACCACUGAAUUUCUCUUCCUUUACCAUUUCACUCUUUAAAACAAUUUGCAUUUCCAUUUUCAGUGUCCUGUUAUCUUCCACCACCAUGAUGGUUUCCGAAGCUGACCUAAAAAACGUGAUCCCUAAUGAUGAUCAGUGUUUCUUAAUGUACUUCAUCGUGGGGACCUAUUUCGGCCCCGACAUCAGAGGCGAAACCACCAAAAAAUCAAUUUUGCAGAGAGUAGCAGAGGGGCUUCCACCAUACACAUCCAACCAACUUGCUCAUUCUUUCAUCAAAGUCGUUGAAUUGGAGCGUGUCUACUAUAACAUACUCAGAAACAGUGACAGAUCACUCAUUCUCAAGGUAACCUCAUUGCGCCGUUUCUUCCAAGGCCAAGCACAAGGUGGUAAUUGCAAUUACCCCCAAUUUCCUGAUUUGUUCCCUCCUGAGUUGCACCCUCACUCCUGGUUCAAGAACCGUUUCAAAAUCAUUCACAGCCUUGUGUUCAUCAACAACCCUGAAGGCUCCCACCUCAAUAGCAAUGAUGUUGAGAGGUUCAAGAGGCUGAGUGGGGUGAAUGAUUUGCAUGUAGAAAGAGAUGCUGCUAGGUUGCAAUUGGGUGCUUGUUUUGAUGCCACACGUGUUAUGAGUAAUGCUAAUGUUUCAGUAGGAGAGGUUGAGCGUGGUGAUAAUAAUGUUGAGCACUGUGGUGGUGGUUCUUCUGGGGUUCGGGAUCAUGUUUAUGUUGCUGCUGCAACUACUAGUGGUGAUGGUAAUGUGAUGCAUAGUUGCAUGACUAAUGAAGAUGAGGGUGAUCCUUAUAAAGUUGGGCCAGCUAUGUUGUUUCUGCCUUCGCGGCCUUCUCAGAAGGAGUUGUCUGAUAUUGUGGCUGCUACCAAAAAUGGAGUUGCUUUAACUGGAAGUGCGGCUAUGGGCCAGGUUGGGCCCAUCAUUGGGCUUAUAGACAUUGGAGAGUGUGAAGACGCGUAUCUGUUUCGUGGAUCUCUUCCCGGGGUCAAGAGGGAUGAAAAGGAAUUCAACUGUGAGGUUGGCACGGAUGGUAAAGUGUUAAUGUGUGGAGUAACUACAACAGGAGAGAAAUCGGUGUCCAGGUACUCUCAGGUGUUUGAAAUGCAAACUCACAAUCUUUGCCCACCAGGUCAAUUCUCCAUAUCGUUCCAGCUGCCUGGCCCUGUUGAUCCACAUCAAUUUUCAGGUAAUUUUGGCACUGAUGGAAUUCUUGAAGGAAUUGUUAUGAAAGGAGAAUGUACAUGACGGCAAGGUUCCAUCCCAUUAGAAUCUUUCCUUUUAUUCCACAAUGAACCAUCGAAAGUUACAUGUGUAUGUUUGGUUUCCGGUUGAAAAACUACAAAACUACAAAUCCACGUCCAACGAAAUAGACAAAAAAAAUUUUACUUCUCAGUUUGGUGCAUUGAAAAGUAUAAAUUAUGGGUUUUCAAACACACUCAUAAAAUUAUGUUUGGAUUACUCUAGGAAAUCCGUUGGGGGUGUCAAGUGCACUUUUGGAGAAGUAACCCCUUUGUAUCUUUUGCUCCCAAUGUACUUUUGCAAGCAUCCAAAUGGUAACUCAAACAUGUACUAAAUUGAUGCAAAAUUGUUUAAUGAAUGUGAUUUUGA